AUGGCCUCAGCCAAAGAGAGCAUGAAGUUGAAUCGCAGGCUCUUGGGGAAGAUUAACAGAGAAGACAACUUCUUGUAUAAUAAAAUAUUCUCUGUUGUUCUCACCAAUUAUGAGGAUACCCAGUAUUAUGGUGAGAUCAGUAUUGGCAGCCCAUCCCAAAACUUCAAAGUCGUAUUUGACACUGGCACUUCUGAUUUUUGGGUGCCCUCCAUCCUUUGUAGCCCAUUCAACAAAGUGUGUGAGUUUCACAAUCGAUAUGAUGCCUCAAUAUCCUCUACUUACAAAGAGAAUGAGUCUGAACUCGUCAUCCCCUAUGCAUCAGGCUGGGUCGAGGGCUUCCGGAGCCAGGAUAUACUGACUAUUGGUGGAAUGAAGGUGACUCAGUUAUUCCUUGAGGUCACAUCACUAUCCCUGAUACCCUUUGGACUGACUCAGUUUGAUGGAAUCCUUGGCCUGGGGUACCCUGAGCAGGCGAGGAGCAAAAUCACUCCUGUCUUCGACAACAUAAUGGCCAAAAAGGUGUUGAAUAAAAAUGUCUUCUCUAUCUACUACGACAGGAAACCCAAGUGAGGAUACAAGCUCAUUCCUACAUAACUCCAGCUUCCCUGUCCAUGAGCAUCCUUAGUAACAUGGCCUAAAGGCACACACUCUACCAGCCCAGAGAGGCCCCAAAGAAGCCCAGGAUCAUUGGAGGCUGACUGCUGAUAUUCUUUGCACCAACCCCCCCCCCCUUUUAGUCACAAUCCCGUGCAUUCCUACCCUUACCUUCCUCUCAUCUUUCCCAGAAUUGUUUCCCAGGUGCCAAGCCCCACUCUUUGGGGCCUGGGCCUGACUCAAAGUACCUACAUCAAGAGAAUGGGUGCCAAUUUGCAUCUCAUUUUCAUAGAGCUCAUUGGCACAUCCCCAUCUCUCCUCCUUUCUACUAAUUUUUGCAGUGACUGCUGGGUCAGGUUGGGCUGACCCAGCCUGGAAAAAUUAGAGCUGUCCAAAAAUGGCAAGGACUGAUUUGGGAGGAAUUGAAUUCUCCAAUCAUGGGGUCUUACAGGGGAGGCUCAGUGACCACUUGUGGGGGCCUUGGAGAGGAGCUCCUUAUUCAGGGAUGUAACCGGAUGUAGAUUCAAGGCAUGAAGGGCCUAUGAGGUCCCAGUAUGAGAUCCAGGAAAGGAGGAAAAUGUACAUCCCCUGGCUUUGCUAUCCCACAGUCACAUGCCUCCUAUCUCCCAUGGCCUAGUCCAAAGCUUAGCCUAGCCCCUGACACAUAGUAGAUGUUUAAUGAAUAUUUGUAGACUUGACUGUCCCUAUUCUCCAAACCCCUCUCCCAAUUUCCCUUUAGCCCUGAGUCCUCAGACCUCAGGGUGAAAAGAUUGUCAUCUGCCCUCCAGGACUUCAGGUCAGAAAGCUGGAGAGCUGAUACUGGGAGGCAGUGACCCCAACUAUUACAGAGGGAGCUUUUACUACGUCAAGACCAGCCGGCCACACUUCUGGCAGAUCCAGAUGCAAGGGUUAAUUGUCAGGUCUCAUGUGGUGUCCUGUGAAAAUGGUUGCCCUACAGUUGUGGACACAGGAACAUCCUUCAUCACAGGUCCAUCCAACUCUAUAUGGACACUGAUGAUGGUAAUUGGAGCUAAGGAAAAGGACAAAGAGUAUUUUGUAAAAUGUAACCAGAAAAAGAAACUCUCAAGUAUCUCCUUCAAAUUUGAUGGCAAGACUUUCACACUCCAAGGUUCUGACUAUGUCUUACAGGCUGAAAAGCACAAUGAUAAGAUGUGCAUGGUGGCCUUCCAUGGCAAGGAUAUAGCUAAACCAGUAGGACCUCUGUGGAUCCUGGGAACAACCUUCAUCCAAAAGUUCUACACGGAAUUUGACCGGCACAACAAUCGCAUUGGUUUUGCCUUCGCAGUCUGACCUGUCUCUGCCCACAUCCCUGUUGGAUCCCACUUUUUCCAUGUUGUGCUUCAGUCCUUGGGACAGAGGCAAGUCCCUCCAUCAAGCUCUCGAAUCCUGGAGACCACUGUUAAUCUUCUGCCUUAAUGGAGAAUAGAAUAAAGUUUCAUUGCUCAAA